UGCGACAGAUUAGAUAAGCUGAUUAAACAAUAGAACUAUGGCAACAAAGCAAAAGCUGAUGCUGUAUGACUCAAUUUAAUCAAGCGUCGCAUCCCAAUCAGCGACAAUUCUAGUUGUAGUGGUUGUGUUCAAAACACAUCAUAUAGUAGAAUAGAAUUGUGAAUGGAAAUGGUCUCUCAGUGGACGCUGAGCUGAGAGCGCCCACCGCAUCGCAGUUCGUCUUUAGCGUCGUUCGGUCGCUGUUUGAGCGGCCAGAGAAAUUGUAAAAAUAGAUGAAAUUUUCAGUUGCAGAAAAUUCAAAACUUUGCCAGAGCUUUCAGCGUUCUCCAAGUGUCGUCAUCAAUGAACACAGCGGCAGCGCAAUUUAAUUAGCUUCUUCAUAUAUAUUUUUUGUAUCCUCUAAUGAAAAUGAGCAUUCAGUUCAAUUGUGUGCGAUGCUCUGUGCGGGCGUGAAUUCUCUUGUCUCGUUCUUCUAUUUUGUUUUUCGCCAACGCAUCUUGUGAAAUUUUUGUUUUUGUUUUCGUGUUUCGUAUACCAUUUGGGUAUACUUCCUCUGGUGUGGUGCACUACUGAGUGGACAGGAAAAGUAAGAGAUCGGUCCCAAAUACGCCACGAAAAACCUUAUCAGAAUGAGCUCUACACCUGCCUCCAGCUCCAAUCUACCGCCAGAACUCAAUCUUGGAGCGGAGAUAUUCCACAUCAUUGCAGCUUCAGCUGAAGAUCAAAAUGUGAUCAUAUCUCCGCUGUUGCUAGAGGUGACACUGACACUGCUCUAUCUGGGCUCAGAUGGGGCCACUGCCGAGGAACUGCAAAAGCUGUUAAAGUUAAAGGAUCGCUUUGUGAGCAAUGCUAAAAUGGCCAACUUCUAUGCCGCCGAAUUGAAUGCGGCGACAAGCGAUGCAGAUACUAAGAUCCAGCUGGAAAAUCGCCUGUUUCUGCAACAAAACUCUGGUGUAGCAGUUGCCGAUGACUUUCAGAAGAUUGCACAAACCUUUUUCCAUGCGACGGCAGAGUGUGUGGACUUACAGCAAACCGAGAAGCUAUCUCGCCACAUCACCGAUAAUAUCUUGGCCAGCAUUGGCGGCGGCAACUGGCAGCAACAGCUUCAGGUGAAUGGUGGUCAGAUGGCAUCCAUGUUGCUGUUGCUGGCGGCACGACUGCAAAGCAAAUGGUUCUUGCCAUUCAGUGCGUAUCGCACUGGCCUCUAUGAGUUCCACAACAACGACGGCAGCAGCAAUGUUGCGAAGUCGGUGCCCAUGCUCUUUGACGAUGAUAUGUUUGUAAAGUACGCCGAGUUGCGGGAGCUCAAUUCACGUGCCAUUGAAUUGCCGUACGAGCAUGAGGACGAAUUGGCAAUGCUUCUAAUCCUGCCCAAUCAGCGCGAUGCCUCGGCCUUAGCCCAUCUGGAGUCUCAAUUGCGUACUGUCGAUCUCGGUGACUUGCAGCAGCAAAUGCAAAUGGAAAGCGUUCAAGUCUUGCUGCCCAAAUUUAGCAUCGACUUCGAAUGUAGUUUGCGACAAGCGCUCAAACAAAUGGGCUUUUCGGAGAUCUUUAGUUCCGCUGCCAACUUUAAGCAUUUGCACUCAGCUUCCACCAACCUGCCUAUUCUCGACGUCCUACAGAAAUUGCGCAUUGACCUAAAUGAAUCCGGCUCUGGCUCAGCGUUACCACAACCGGCAGCAGGAUAUAAGCCGAUUGUCAUUAGCAAUUCCUCGCGGCAAAAAUUCUUUCGGGCGGAUCAUCCAUUUUUCUUUGCCAUCCGCGGGCCGAAUGUGACCCACUUUAUUGGGCAUGUGGUUAGUUUUUAACGGCCAUAUAUAAUAUGGUAUACUAUCUAAUGUUGCACUAACAUGCCUUGUACUAUAUAACGGCUAUUCAAACUAAUAAUUUGUACUCUCUAAUUUAUGCGCAAAAAAUAAAAGAAUUGAUGGUUGUAGAUUUUUUAUAACAA